AUGGUUGUUCUGUGCUUUAUGAAUAUUUCUUUUACUAAUGGUUAUCAUAUUAACGAUCGAACUUUAGAAAGUAUAGGUCAUGGACCACCAAAAUCAAUGUCAAAUAAAACCACAGCUUCCUCACCUUCUUCAGUGAACAUUGAUAGUUGUAUACCAGUAUACGCUGUAAAAGAAGUUGGUUGUCUGUUAUCGGAAGACAAUAUUUUCUUUCAAGGAUCAUUUCAAUCAAUAUGUGAACGGCAUCAACUAUGUUAUGCAUGUGGAUUUGCACAUGGUAUCACAGAACGGCUAUGUAAUAAAAUAACAUUAAUGAAUAUGAAUGACUUAUGUUUUCGAAAUAAAUCAUUAUCUCAAUCUGAUUGUAUGAGAGAAAGUUUUUCAAAAUUAUCAAUUCUUCAACAAUAUGGUUAUCGAUCAUUUAGUGACUUUCCUGGAUAUCUUUUUGAAUGUCGUCAAGAUUGUGUUUAUACUUAUUUGCGUGCACAUUAA